AUGGGCCAAGCGCUCUCAUAGUCGCGAAGAUGGCGAGCCGUACGAACCUACUUGCGGCUGCUGUCCUCAGCUUGUCUAUGCUGCUGACUGCAUCAGGAUCACAUUUCCGAGGUGGCAUCAUCAGUUGGACGGCUAACGACACCUCCCCCUAUGUGGUGAAUUUUUACCACCGGACAGUAUGGCGUAGGUCUGAUACGUUCUGCAACUCGUACAACGUCAGGGCCAACAGCGUGUAUCAUAAAAGCGGACAUACAUUCCAGGGCAGACAUCCCUACUAUGGAACCUACACUAUGUAUGACAGUCAGUACUAUCGAUGUCUGGAUUACAGUGAAAGCGAGGACUGGUCAGAGAUAGGCAACAACUUUACUUACGCUUUUCCGCAUUACUAUUGGUACUACAACCAAAUCAACAACUGGGACAUAAGCUUUGCAGACUGCUGUUGGAUCCAUCUGCACGGAAGCAUCUACUCCGAGGGUUCAUGGAGACUGUCAGCAAACGUGUCUCUCUCACCUAGGGCGGAUACUGGCCGCAUCAACUCUUCUCCAUUCUCCUCUAUACCUCUGACUGUCAAUGUUACAUCCGGGAUUCGUCAGGUUAUCGUAAUUCCGGUGGAAGAUCCUGAUGGUGACAACGUGUCUUGUCUGUGGGCCUCUGAACAGCCGUCCUUCCCAUACGGAGAGCUUGAUGAGGCUGGGUGUACGCUCACAUAUAAUGGUGGCGGUACAAAUGGCACCAUGUACCCAGUCUUUCUCGUCCUAGAGGAUGGAAUCUGCAACACCAGUCUGCAGUUUGUCAUCAAAAUUAAACAACUACGAGAGGUGAGACUUGUGGGUGGCAUACGGGGGCCACAUGAAGGCCGAGUAGAGAUCUAUUACAACGGGACCUGGGGCACAGUGUGUGACGACAUCUGGCAUAUUGAAAAUGCUCGUGUCGUUUGUCGUCAGCUGGGGUACACAGGAGCAGCAUCGGGUCACGAGAUGGCACGAUUUGGACAAGGAAGUGGUCCGAUCUGGAUGGAUGAUGUCCGCUGUAGCGGUUCUGAGAGUUCCCUUGCUAGUUGUGCAUUUAGUGGCUGGGGACGGCAUAACUGUCACCAUGGUGAGGACGCAGGGGUCACGUGUAUGCCGAAUCUGGACAACACAACAACACCAGAAGGUAUCUACUCAUUUCCUAUCCUUGCUGGGAACGUGAACUAUAUGAUCGACAUUCAAUCAUUCCUGAGACCAGUCCAGCAUAGUCCAACAAGCGGGUGGAGCAACUGCUGGACCGCCAGCAGAGAUGGCUGGGAAGCCGAAAUUUUCCAUCAUAUGUGUGACAAUAGGGGACCCACGGUCACCUUGGUACGUGUUGGAAACUACAUUUUUGGCGGUUACUCGAACAUUUCUUGGACCGGAUCUCAUACAUACAAGUCGUCCAGUAAAGACUUCCUGUUUACAAUCUUUAACACUAAUGGUUACAGACCAGAGAAGCUUCCAUUGAGAUCUUCAAAUUAUAUGUCUAUAUUUGACACCGCUUCUUAUGGUCCUACAUUCGGAGCUGGUCAUGACUUGUACAUAUCCAACAUGGCGAAUACGAACAGUGGCGGCUCUUUUACCUACUCGUUAUCGUACAAGCUUCCUACUGGCUGUAGUUCAUCCCGGUGUGGAGUGUUGGCUGGAAGUUAUUAUUUCACACCGAGCGAAGUUGAGGUUUACUACGAGAUCUUAGUUAACAAUACAAGCGUGAAGUGCAGUGAUGGUCACAUGGAGGUGUGGAUGAGCAAGGCAGUUUACCCAGGAGUUACCGCGGAGUCUCUCCAGCUACUAUCACCUUCGUGUAAGGCCCAAGAUACCGGUCCCUUUUUCUACUUCAAAACCAGUUUCCAUGGGUGUGGCACCAAACACAAUCAAACAGCGGACCAUAUCACUUACUGGAACAAGGCGUUUUCGCCCUUGACGCCCCUUGGUAAAAGCGGAAGCGUCAUAACUCGCUACGCGUCGCUAUCAGUGCCAUUCUACUGCAAGUUCUCCCGUCAUGGUGACGUCAGCUUGAGUUAUACCAUCAAGAAGUCCGUCCCCGUGUGGCACGGUUCCUAUGGCAACUUUACAUUUACCUUGGACCUUUUUUACUCGGAUGCGUACCAGAGACCUCGCGGGCUCGCAGACUACCCGGUUCCUGCCGUGAUGGAUGAGCCCCUGCACAUUCAGUACAGCGUAAAAUCCACCACUGGGAACCUGAGCGUACUCGCCGACUCGUGUCGCGCCACCCUGACAAAGGAACCUUAUUCGUCGCCAUUUUACACUUUCAUCGAGAAAGGGUGUGCUAAGGACAAUACCAUGUCAUACGUGUACAAGCAGGACUCUACCCAGCGAUUCACCAUCAACUCGUUCCUCUUCGUCCAUCAGCACCCGGACCAGGUGGUGUACCUCCACUGCCGCCUCAUCGUGUGUCACCGUCUGUCGUACGACUCCCGGUGCCACCAGGGUUGCUAUGGGAGACGACGUAGGGAGGUGAACGCUGAGGACGAGGAGGCUGAGGAUUUGUACCUUACACUGAAGGCCAGUAACAGACAAGGAGGGGCAGGGAACCAAAAAGUUUCUAACUUCUCAACGGCCACCAGCGCGGGCCUGGGUACACUCGGGGUCCUGGUUGUAGUCUUUCUCGCGGUUAUCGGCGUUUUUAUGAUGCGCAGAAGGAUUGUGAAGAAAUCAGAAAUCAAGCUUGACACGGUUGCCUCGGCAACAAACCAAGUCGUUACCAUUGACGACGAGAGUCUUCAAGAGCAUGCGCAGUCAACUGCUUAAAGUCAUCGUGCCAAGAUACCGAGAUACCCUCUUAAUUUGCACAGUAGAUAUCGUCCUUUUAUUUAGCUUUAGAUAAAUUCUUGACAAGCCUUAUAUAGCCUCUUGCAAUUUACAUAAGUUUUAUUAGUCGCCCCCCUUUAUUUAACACCCAAAGUUGGUUGAGCACUUCUGUCCAGACCCGUUUUUAUGAACUCUAGCCCAACCCAUUCGUAAAGGUGAUCAUGAUAACGAGAUCCGGGUGUAUACCUAAGCCAUGAACAAUUACCCGCGUCUCGUGAAAAUCUGUUAGUUGUAAUAUUAGUGUAAAUCUGCGGGGAGAACCUCAAAGAGUUAUUCUUAUCCAACACACUUUCUGUACUCACCAUAACGACAUUUGGUGAAUGCUGGUAAAUCCCCUCAUGAUAUUGGUGGGAAGGGUUUUGUAAUUCUGCGGUGAGACCCUGGAGUUAUGCUAUUCAAGCCUACUUUCAACUUUGCUCACAAUCACUCCUCGUCAUAGCGAGAUUCAGCGGAUGUAUACCUAAGUAUCAUAUGAUUCAACUCUAAUAUAGGAGUAGUGUGUUUUGAAUCUACGGCGAGAACUCUAGAGUAAAUGCUAAUCAAACCCACUUUCCAGUGAUGUUCGUAAUAACGAGGUUCGAAUGUAUACAUUACUGAGUUUCAGUUACCUCGAUAUGUAACUAAUUUGUGUUCAGCGCAAUACAUCUAAUUUUUGUAGAAAAGCCAAUUUGUAUCCUUACACCUAUUAUACAAUAAUAAAGCACACAAUUGAUAAUCUG